AUGAAGAUGAGUCACAUCAGUCGUAUGCUGUACCCUCGUGUUGUGUCUAGCCAGGCCCUCCCAGAACCAGUGAAGCUGAACCUGACCGAGUUGAGGCUCAUGCACAUGGAGGGCAAGCAGCAUGGAUUCUCCCGGGAAGCCUUGCAAAGCGACAUCACCAGGGUGUUGAAGGAUGUGGAAGAUGACACCGAACUCUUUAAACGUCUCUUCUCGUCUUACCCCGUUCGUAUUAAAGCUCUCAGAGACAGAGGCAGGAUAACUCUCAAGAAUAGUCCCAAGAGGGGUCCAUCCUUCAAGGAAAUGGCAUUCAGUCACGAAGAGCAAAGCGAACUGAUCGUAAGCACGGAAGAGCCCGCCUUGGAGGACCAGUUGUGUCUCAGGAAUGAUAAAAGGGAGAGGGGGGGAGGGGACCGCAGCUCUGGAAUGAGGCAG